CCAGCUCAGAAUUCCUGUAUCCCGAGCGGAUUAAUCAAUGUAUUUAUUAGGCUUAGAUGCCAAAUCCUGCUAAAGCUAAGUCUUUGCCAGAUAAACAGGCUGCUUUGCGGAGGCAGCCCGUUUGUGAAAACACAAUUAGCAAACCCUGUAAUCUGCACUAAUUACAAGCCCAGCCCUCGGGAGACGCUUCUGUUUCCGCCGCUGCCCCAACGCAGCUCCUGGACCUUGCUGGACUUCCAGGACCGGCGAAGAUGAGCUGAGAUCAAGGGCACCCCAAGUUGCGUCCGCCAUGGAAAGACCAGAGGCAGAGGUCCAGAGGAAGCCUAGCGUCUCUUUCACCAUUGAUUACCUCCUUUUUGAGAACACGAAACCACCCCGCAGGGAUCCAGAACCGAGGGGCGAACAAGCGAGGGCAGAAGGGAGAGGCGUCGCAGAGACAGAGCAACCUGGACCUCACGCACCUCCAGAUCUCCUGGACAAACCCAACCAGUCUUACAUCGCCCUCAUUUCGACCGCCAUCCUCUCCUCGCCGGAGAAGAAGCUUUUGCUGUCCGACAUCUACCAGUGGAUUAUGGAUAAAUACCCAUACUUCAAAAACAAGAAGAGUUGGCGCAACAGCGUGAGGCACAACCUGUCCUUGAACGAGUGCUUCAUCAAAGCGGGCCGCAGCGACAAUGGGAAAGGCCAUUACUGGGCCAUCCACCCGGCCAACCUGGAAGACUUCUCCAAGGGAGAUUACCACCGGCGGAGAGCACGACGAAGGAUCCGCAGGAUGGCGGUGAACUUCGGCUACUACCACCCAUAUGCUUUCUAUGGACUCAGCUGCUGUUCCCCGGGCCGCUACUGCCUCUGCUGCCCUCCAUAUGCCCACGCCGGCCUCCCUGGCAUGGCUCCACCUUGUCCGCCAGCGCUGCCUCCUCUCCUGCUGCCCUCGGCUGUCUCCUGGCCUCACCCUUUCUUCUCCGGAGGAGGGAAGGAGAAAUCCCAGGCUGAAAAGAGGCUGAACUGGGCGGCCUGGAGCAGACCGCAGCUGCAGAUUGGGCCCGUCCUGGCCCACGCUAAUCCAUGA